AUGUAUCCAGCGCACGACAAGAAGCUACAGCUGUCGCAAGCGACGAAAUUGAAAUCGAUAGUAUCAAGGAAAGUCGCGUCUCUAGAAGUAGACGUUAAGAGAGAUCGCGAAAUUGUCAACGAUCUCCGCGAUGACGGUAGACAACGUAUCCUCAGAUUGCUGAGCGACCGAAGAUUUUGUUUGGCGUUUAAUCACCUGAAACCAUCCGAAAUUUAUGCAGCGGUAUGUCAAGAUUGCAAUUUGAAACGUCGAUUCUUGGACAGGCUCUACUACGAGAAAAAGAAAAAACUGGAGCGAGGUGUCGAAUUACAGGUAGAAAUUACAGAUAUUGUAAUAUUAUGGCGUUCUUUAUGUACUCGAUUUCCUCGUUCACCGAAUGGCCAGCUGAAAUGCAACGAUCUGUCGGCCGAGCUCGAGGAGCAAAGCGAAUAUCUACCGAACUGCGAGCAGCAACGAUUGAUAGCGCAAUUACAGCGAUCCAUCGCGAAACACAACGCGGCGAAAGACAUACAAUCGACAUACUUGUCGAUGCAAAAUAUCCUGAGAAAAGACGCGAUAUUUUUCGAUACCCUGUUGAACAUCUUGAAAAAGAACCAAUCUUCCCAAUGCAAAGCGAUGUUGAAGGUGACAGUGAUGGGUCAGCUGGCGGCGGAAAAUCUCGACGACAUCAGACAGAAGUACAAACGAAUGUCUCGGGUCGUCCUGCGUAAUAUGAAAAUCAGAGAGCAAAUGCUGAGUACUGUACACAGUCAGGUGAAAGAUCUGUGGGCCUACGCGCAAUCGUUAGUGCGUGUCGAGAGCGUUCACGUUUUUGCGACAAAAGACACCGAUGUGCUCGCCAAAUUAUUAGAAGGUCAGCUAGUACAAUUGGAAAAUGUCUGUACCAAAGUGAAAGAAGUUCUACUCGUGCGCUCAUAUCACGAUCUGUUAUCGAGACUUGAAAAUCAAUCCGAGCAGAGGACAGCUUUGCUAGCGCGAUUAGACAUCAAUAUAAAGAACCGCGAGGUUUUACUGAGCAAGAAAAACCAGGCUGUACAAGUUCUCGAGGGUCUUAAGCACUCCACAAAAACGGCAACAGAACAGUUUACUGAUAAAAGUAUACGUCGUUCACCUCGUCGAGCGCAAAUUAAUAAUUUGAAACAUCUCAGGUAUAAGAUAGAUGGUACACAAGAUAUAUUAGAACAAAUCGAAAUCGAGAAGAAACGUGAGAAGGAUCUCAAGGAACAAAUAAAAGCUCAUAGCGAAUUGCUCACGAAUGUCAAAGCGGCCCUGCAGAGUAUGAACACAAUGUUGCUUUGCGUGAGAUACACCGACAAAGGAGCGGUGAGGAAGCUGGUAAAAAAUAAGAAAGAACCGAUAGUGAAUGGUAAAGAAAGUAUGGACGAGCGCGACGUGCUGGCGGAAAUUGAAGGAAUGGACACCGAUGUAUUGACGCUGCUGUCGAGGAUCAGCAGAAAAAUAGGCGUUCUCUUCAAUAUCAGCAAUUUCGAGCUCGAGCAGGAGGACAAAGCUCGCGACCUUUAUCACACCUACGUGUCGAAUUAUAAUUCCGGUUUGAUAUUCGGGACCGGUAAAGAGGAACAAAUUGAGCUGUUGGUCGAACACGAGACGAUCGACGCCACUGUUCCAACGCGGGCUGACAUCAAGUUACACAGCAGGCAGGUUCUGGAGGCGCACCUAAAACUGGAAUGA